AUGUAUACGCGCCGUUCCCCGCUGCCAGAUCAAGGGGAGUCGAGUUCUGGGAGCUCAACUUCCGCAGCAUCAUCGAGCUCUUCUGACCCAAGAUCUCCAUCGAAGCCGUCGAAAAACAGACCACAGCGACCUGAACUGUCGACCCCACUUCCCAUGGAAACAAUCCAAUCGUUUAAUGCAGCGUAUAAUGCCGGACCAGUUUAUAUCAGCGAAGGUUUAGGUAGCCCUGUUCAUGGUAGAGGUUCUCCGAAUUCUAGCUCCAGCGGCAAGUCGAACUCCCCCACACAUAGCCGUUCGAGUAGCCUUGGGUCUACCCACGGCAUGAGCAACAGCUCUCCUCAGGCGCAGGCGGCUAUGCAAGCAGCAGUCAUGGCGGGACAACAUCAUGAUGAUAUUCGCCAUGGUGGUGGAAAUAGAGACAUUGUGCACAUGGAUAUACACAGUCAAAUAAGGGAAUAUCAGAGAGAGAACGAAGGCCUCCGACAAGAGCUCGACAACAGGGAGACAAAAUUGAAUUCCAGCAUGAACAGUAUCAAGACAUUUUGGAGCCCGGAGUUGAAAAAAGAACGGGCUUUGAGGAAGGAAGAAGCAGCCAAAAUACAAUCACUCAAAGAGCAGUGUCGAGUAGCUGUAGACGAAAAUCAGCAAUUCCUAAGGACGAUAAGGGAGCUGAAGGGACAACUCCAGCAUCGGGAACACAACCUGCGACACUCGCCCAACGGUGAUGUCCCAAACGGGGGUUCCUCGCAGGGGACGGUGGCCCACCUGCAGCACGAGGUGGACGGUCUCAGGACAGAGCGGGACAGGGUCUCCAGGGAGGUGUUCCUUCUCCGCAAGACCCUGGAAGAGAUGGAGCUGAGGAUCGAGACCCAGAAGCAGACCUUGACGGCCAGGGACGAGAGCAUCAAGAAACUGCUGGAGAUGCUCCAGAGCAAAGGGUUAAACACCAAGAAGCUGGAAGGGGACCAGGAGGAGAUGGACAGGAUGCGAUCCAAGGUGGUGGAAGCCGAGGCAAGGGUCAUCAAACUCCAGAAGCUCAUGGAGCAGCGGGAUAAGGAGAUGGGCGGUUACAUGGAGGAAAAUAGGGAUGGUAAUGUUGGAUCAAGGUCAAAUGGCACCGUGGGACAGACGGAUGACAGCAGUACGAGAUUAAAGAUCAAGCUUGACCAACUGAAAGGAAAGCUAAGCCUUAAGGUAGCCGAGUUGCAAGCCCUACAGACCAAGUUUGAGGCUAUGAAGCAUAAAGAGAGAGACCAACAGGCUCAUAUCAAUCUCCUCAAAGAAUCACUAGCUGCCAAAGAACAACACUCUAGCAUCCUGCAAGCUGAUGUGGAUGCCCUAAGAUUUCGGCUGGAAGACAAGGAGCACCAGCUGAGCAAGCAGGAGGUCGUGAUGACAUCCAUAAACACUGAUAAAUCCAAGCAGUCUUCGGAGGCCGAAGAGCUACGAGAGAUGAACGAACUUAAAGAACGGAGAAUAGUCGCACUCCAACGAAAGCACGCUGAUUUGUCAAAAGGCAUGGAGCUACAGGCGAGCAAAUUAAAAAUCCUACAAGUGAAGAACGAAAGCCUUCAAGAGCAGCUGAAAGAGAGAGACAGCCAGGCGGUGUCACUCCGCGAUCGUCUCACCACUCUCCAGGCCGACCAGAGCAGCUCCGACAGUGCCGUGUCCAGUCUGGAGGACGCCCUCAUUGACAAGGACCGUACCAUUGAGAAGUUGAGGGCCGAGAAGGAGCAGGAGAUCAAAGACAAGGAAGAAGCGGUCGGGAGAUUGGCUAAGCAGAUCGAGGAUCUCAAGAUGCAGGUUGGAGAGCUUCAGAAGAGCAUCUCGGAGAAGGAGGCUUCUUUCCUGGAUCUGAAGGAACAUGCCUCUACGGUAGCGUCGGGAGCUCUGAAGAAGGACUCCAGGAUCACGACACUUGAGAUACAACUUGCUCAGAAGACGGAGGAACUCAUCCAAGCUGAAAGUGAACUCAAGAAAACGCAUCGUAGACUCCAGACGCUGAAGGAUGAGAGAGACUCCAGCUACACUCAAGAGAUCCAGGAGCUGCAGGGAUCCGUGUCUGCGAUGAAGGAAGAGGUCCGCAAGUCGCACGCAGAGGUCGACAGGCUCCUGGAGAUCAUGAAGGAGAUGGAGGGAGAGAAGAACGACAAGGAGAAGAGGAUCAAAGACCUAGAAAGCGUAAUGAGAAAGCAUUGCCCAGGUCAGUUGAAGGAUGUGAAUAAGAAACUGGUGGCGGUCAAGCGAGAUCAGCAGACUCAGAAACGGAAGAAUGCCCAACUCUUGGAGGAUUAUAGGAGAAGAGAGGGAGAGAUGUCAUCGGAUACACACCAGCUACAGGAUAUGGUGAAGGAGAAAGAAGAUCGCGUCGAGGAGUUAGCUGAGGCACUUAAAGAAAGUGUGACGAUAACGGCCGACAGAGAAAUGUUGAUUGCACAACAAACCGAAGCCAUCUCCAAGCUGAAAAAGCAGCUUGAAGAUGUGAGGAGAGAAUUGGAUGAAGUAAGAAAACAACUGUCUAUGGCCAGCAACAAACUUUCAACAACUCUAGUUCUUCUCAAAGAGAAAGAUGCCAAACUGAAAGCGGUACAGGCCGAGGGUAGAAAACAUCUCGAAGAAGCUCUUGGCAUGAAACAAGAAGCCCUCACUGCAGCUAUUGGAGAGAAGGAUGCUCAUAUCGCCCUCUUGGAACUGAACAGGAAAAGUCCCAAGUCAUCGGAAGAACUCAAACUUCUCAAGAAAGAGAAGGAUACUCUCGUGCAACAGCUCAAAGAUGAGGUAGGUGGUGGGCAUAAAACAAACAGGAAAAGAAAUUUUAUUAUUACUCUUUUUUUAAUUUACCCUUCUGCAGGAUUUCCUUUGUUGGAAUAUCAUUAUUUUCAUAAUUGACGGGUUGAAUAUUGCAGGAUAUCAAUUAUUUAUGAACACAGGAAGGUUUCAAACAUACAGAUGUGUAACACAGGUUUGAAAAUGUGUAAAAUAAAUGGAGUGUGAAGUAUGUUAAAAAAACACUUGAAAAUUUGAGCAAGGAGGAAUGUGUAAAAAAGUAAGGAUCAAAGAGUGGCUGCCUCUGAAAGUACUUUAUUUAGAUUUGCUCAAACUAAUUUUCAUUGAGAGAAAUUAAGUUUUCUUUUUAACAGAAAAUGGUUAGUCAUGUAUAUUCUGCAUACGAAAUAUUUGUUUGCUCUUCUCAUUAAAUCUGUCCAUCCUGUGUAGUCAAUCUAAUGUGUGUGUGUGUGUUGGAGGGAGGGGCGCUGAUAAUAUUUUCAUGUUCAGUUUGUUGAUAGUCUCAGAAAAGACUGUGAUUAAGUAGAAAACAUGCUGUUUGGCUUCAUUUAAAGAAAAAACUAUUUUAUAUAUUUUUUCAUUCUGAUAUAGAGAGUAAUUUUCAGUUUUAAAAAAUGGUCUUUUCCCUUUCUGAAAAUCUGUAAUUCCGUUUCAACUUGAUCUAAAAAUGGAAAUUCUGUUUUGUCACUGAAAAUGUACACAGCAAAAACCAGAAUUCCCGUUUUGGAAUGGUAAAUUCCAUGAUUUUUUACAUGAAAAGUAUAAGAACCAAACGGAAUUUCGGUUGUAUUUACUGGUAAAACGGAAAAUCACUGUCCCCACUGAUUGAGAACAACCAUGCUGUAUUUUUCCUAUUAUAUGUACUGAAAUUACUUUUGAUGGAAUCCAGUUCCCUGUCAUUCAUGUAGGUCAUUGACUUAUGACAGAAACUUCACUUACAUUCUAUUGAUCUUUCAAACUAUUGGUUGAUAAUAAUUCUACUUCAUUUUACUUGGAAUUUUGUUUUAACCAAGAGUUGCUAGCUGCUGUUCUUAAUUAACUUACCAAAUAAAUUUUUUUUCAGAGAAUUUAUUGCUCUUUUCAGUGAUUUUAAUUCAAUUUUCUUUUCAUAGUUAUGGCUGAAAUAGGCGAGGAGAAAUUAGGAAAAUUUGAUGCUGCAACAAGCUUAUUGUUACUUAUUAUCAAUUAGUACAAUUGAAAUGUUGAUUCAUUAUGGGCUUUUGGCAUGAAGUGCACUCCAAAAUACGACGACUGUACUUUGAAUAUAGUCCAGAGGUACAUUUCUUAUUCAAUUCAUCACCACUCAAUGCUGAUUUCUGUCAAAUUAUAUGAAAACUUGUUCCUGCGUAAUUGAUAAAGUGUGGUUCUUUGAAAUUCUCUUUAGAAAGCAGUUAAAUGCUGACUGAUAGCCCAACCAAUGAAACCGUAAUAACCAUCUAAGUAAUUAUGAUAAAUUGACAAAUGACAGUUCCAUGAAAUGUGAAAGGCCUGAUAAUUUUCUGCUCAUGACAUUAUUUUUUUUCUUGUUUCUAAGAGCAUUCAAGUUGUGUACAUGUAUAUCGUACGAGUAAAUGGAGUGACAGUUUUAACACAUUCAUAUACAGUAUCUUUUCAUCACCCUGUAUUAAAAUCAGCAACAUUCUUGCAAUAUCGAUGUAAACAUUUAAAAAGUCAGUCGAAUAGGAAUCACUUUUCUAAGUGAAGGUGGUCAUUGCCCUUUCGUAGAACAAUUGAAUUAUCCCAGAUAAACUGUCAGCACUGUUACAAAUUACUUUUCCAGAUUGUUUUCUGGAUAAUUCUUUUCCUUUUAUAUUGAACAGAUGGUAACAGGCCAAUUGCUGCCCCCCCC